AUGGCCAAAGACAAGGAGCGGUCCAUGAACCCUGCGGCGGCGCAGCGGAAACAAGAGAAGCAGAAGUCGCUGAAAAAGGGCAAAGCAGAGGCGCUUGCGCGCCGGAAUGAGAAGCUCGCGCGCCGCAACCCGGACCGGCUCCAGCGGCAGAUCAAUGAUCUCAAGGCGAUGGAAGAGACGGGCCAGCGGCUGCGGCCGCGUGACAAGGAGGUCUUGGAAGCCCUGGAGCGCGAUCUACGGGCGGUAUUGAAAGCUCGGGAAGCGUUGGGCGACAAGGCGCCCAAAUUUAACCAAGGGGAACGAGGCGGGCCCCGACAGGAUGGAGGAGACAGGGUUCUAGGGAAACGGAGGAGAGACUUGGACUUUCGGCGGCACCAGGAGCAAAGCGAUGGCAGUGACACAGACGAGAGCGUGCGACGGAUCCCCAUGCCGCGCGAUACACCGCCGCCGAUACCUCGCGAGUUCCAGCCCAAGAGAGGCCCGGGGGUAAAUGCUCAAGGAUCGGAGCGUCGGGGCCCGCAUGCAUUACCGUCUAGACCGCCAGCGGUUGAAACCAAGACCGUUUACGAAGCCAAGCCGGAGAUCCGGGAUUUGCGGCAGGAGGCUAUCAACAAAUUUGUGCCCGCGGCGGUGCGCAUGAAACAGGAGUCCAUCAAAGGCCAAGGAAAACUUUUGGAACCCGAAGAAAUGGAUAAGCUUGAGAAAUCUGGAUAUACUGCUGGCACUACAGGAGCCGAGGCUCGUUCCCAAGCAGAUCAAACAUCCACAACGGUGGAUGAACAUCAGUCCCUUGAGGAGGAGGAGCGGCGGUUCAAGCAGGAGCUGCGCUCAGUCGAGAUAGAAGAGGUGUCGGACGAAGAUGCCUAG